AGGAAAAAAAAUAAUGGAACGAUUCCUUUCAGGUCUGAAAAGAAGAGGAAAAUGGAAGUUAGCUGAUCCUGUAACUCUGUGAAGAAUCUACCGGGAAGAUUUCACUAAGAGGCAUCAGGAGGAUAAGUUACGAUGGGGAUGGAUGUUCUUCACUGAGAUUUACAAGCUUAAAAUCUUCCUGGAAAAUGCCAAGCCAUUCCAUACUCCUCGGUAUCUAUUUCCAGUACCUGUGCCCCUUCUGCUUCCGUGGACAAGAGGAAUGCUGUUUCACGUUGAUCUACAGCAUGUUGCUUUAGACUAUGGCAGGCCUUUGCCAGGAGGAAGAAAUCUGCAUUCUCCUGAGGACCGGGACAAGUCCACUUCCUUCUGUGAUGGAGAGCUAAUUGCCACCAACAGAUGGGAGAGCAAAUUAAAGCAAAGGUACCUGCUGACUCUAAUAAUACUCAAAUCAGGCAAAUUUUGAAGGCAAAAAGCAGUUUCUUCUGCCCUCAGUAUGAGGUCUCUGGCACAGAUCUGCUAACCUGCUGCUUCUGGCACAAGGGAGUCUACAACAAGAGAGAGGCAGCAGCAUCACUGCUACAGGCUGGGUUGUCCCUUCCUAUGUUAACAAUUCCCAAAGAAGAUCUUGCAAAGGGCUUUUGAGAAUGAGAGAAAAGAUUACCCAUGUUUAUGCUGUCUUGUCAGAAGAAUGAGGAUUUCCUUCCUGCAGAAACCAGUCCAUGCCCUGGAACCUAACCAGGCUCUGAACUGCAAUAGCUCUGUCUCCUGAAACCUCCCCUCGGUGGAGUGGCUCAGUCUUGAGGCUGCAAUAAAGGGCUACGGAGCAUUUUUUCUCUGAAAACAUUGCUGCUAAAAAGCUCCAAACAGGAGAAGUAAAUCCAGUCAGCUUGUCAAGUCACUGGCUUGGUGUAAAAGUGCUUUCAUGAGGUAACGUUGGGCCAAAGUCAACUUCUCUUUCUCCGUUGUAAAUCUGCAGCCAAGCAAUGGGCCAGAAAAUCUCAGGGAGCAUAAAGUCUGUGGAUGUGAGGGAGCCCCCUUAUAGACCUGUUAAACGAGAGCUGAGAGGCCCGGAUUUUUGCAAGCCGGCGCGACUGGACAUGCUGUUGGAUAUGCCCCCUGCCAAGCUGGAGGUCCAGUAUAAACAUGCUUGGAACAAUGAAGAUCGCUCCUUAAAUAUAUUUGUAAAGGAAGAUGAUAAACUGACUUUUCACAGACACCCCGUUGCCCAAAGCACAGAUUGCAUUCGGGGCAAAGUCGGCUACACCAGAGGCCUGCAUGUCUGGCAGAUCCACUGGCCCACGAGGCAACGGGGAACUCACGCGGUGGUGGGCGUCUCCACAGCCGAAGCUCCGCUGCACUCGGUGGGAUACACGUCGCUGGUUGGUAGCAAUAGUGAGUCGUGGGGCUGGGAUCUGGGACGCAACAAACUCUACCACAAUUGUAAAAACCAGCCUGGGGUCACAUAUCCUGUCUUUUUGGAACCGGAUGAGUCUUUUGUACUCCCAGACUCCUUACUGGUGGUUUUGGAUAUGGAUGAAGGGACGCUUAGCUUCAUGGUAGAUGGACAGUAUCUUGGAGUGGCCUUCAGAGGACUAAAAGGGAAAAAACUUUACCCCAUAGUCAGUGCAGUUUGGGGGCACUGUGAAAUUACAAUGAGAUACAUCAACGGACUUGACCCGGAACCCCUGCCUUUAAUGGACUUGUGCCGAAGAUCAAUUCGUUUUGCUCUUGGCAGAGACCGCCUGCAUGAUAUAGAAAUUCUACCUUUGCCUCUGUCUCUGAAAAAUUAUUUACAGUACCAAUAAGACAUCUUAGAAACCUCUGGCCUCACAUUGGACUACAUCAAUGCAAAUGGCAGAAAAUUGUUUACAGCAAAAUAUAAAUCUUCGUGAUGGACACUUAAGUGUUAUUUAAUUUUUAAUAUAUAUUUUUUUUCUGAACCAGUGAAAGCAGAUCACUGUGGGGGACUACUAAAGAAUGUGAAAACAUUGAUUUGAUCGAGAUUUGUGUAUUUGUUGCCUGUUGUGUUUACAGUCCUGAAGGCCAUUAUUCUCAUCUCUCAUAUAUUGGUUUAUCAUUGUUGCCUCUAGUAAAUGCCAAUAGAAAAUCUGAACUGCAAGAUCCAGUCACGCAGAACAGAGCAUUCUUCAAUAAUAUGAUUUUUUUUUUUCUCUCUCUUCUACACCUCACCCCAAUAGAUAAAAAUAAAUCAGCAAAGGAAAAAUCUUGACAAUAAACUUUUGAAAAAUAUUUAAACCUUACUUUUGGUAUCCAGAGUUGCUGAGAGCUUUGAGUGCUCAGCACUCAGUGUAAUCAGGCCUAUAAUAUCUAAAAGUUCUAACGUUUAGAAAAGCAGAUUAUUGUCUAGAAGAAGAGUAUGUGAUUUGGAAACACGAGAGGAAAAACCUGGUUUAUGUGUCAGGAAGAUCAGUUUUUGGAGAUGGUAACAGUAAGAUACAGUCCGUUGUUUUCAAGACCAAAUCUAGUCCCUCCAAAGUUCUGCAGUUUAUAACAAAGUGUUCGCUAUCCCAAGGAUUUAGGAUAUUCGUAUUUUAGAAAGCUUGUCACUUUUUUAUUUGAACAAAUUUAUAAUUUUUAUGUGGUAUGAACUCUAAGUACUUGGUUCUCUUUUUAAUGUAUGUGUGGUUAUAAUGUUUAUUUAUCUGUUUAGAGUCUGUGGAGUUCUCAUUUAACUGUUUCCCAUCUUGGGGUGGCUGAUUUUGUUUUUUUCCCCAACUCCACCUGAAAUGUAUUAAUUUUUCAGGCUCGUCCCAUUUUUUAAGAUGCUGCUUUCUAUUUGCAUUUCUUACAUGUUUCAAGUUAUCUGCCUGAUCAGUUAUCUAGUUUUUAAACUGGAAGUUGUUGUUUUGGCAGGAUGUCAAAUGUUUAGACUGAGCUGCCUUCAGCAUAUUUUAAUGUGAAUUUACUGAUGAAUGAGGAGAAAAUUUCUAAUAAA